AUGAGCGAGGCUGAUAGCAACGAAGAAAAGGAGGAAAAGCCAGUUCCCAAGGGUUACAAACGCAAAAAGACAGUCCCUCCUGUCAGUUUUCUCCUGAAGCAUGGAGAUCCCGAGACGGCCGACAAGAAAAUGAGCUGGAGGGAAUUGUAUGGACCACCAGUUAUGAUCAUGAUCACCUUUGUAUUGAGCUUCUUUGUAUUCUACUACUUUAUUGAGAAUCAUACGACCCACCGACCCAUCACGUUGCCUCGCAUGCCACGACAAGCUGCCAAGGUGACACGAAAACACACUGAGGGGCUUCCAAAGCGAGACUCGGAACUAUAG